AUGAAUGAUAAUCAAACUCUUGGAUAUAUAACAUCAUCAACUCCAACAAUUAUUCGUUCACCCGGUGACCAUUACAACAAUCAAUUAUUUGACUUUGCAUCAUCUUCAGAACUGGACGUUGACUCUAAAUUACAACGAGUUCCAUGUCAUGAUAAUACAGUUGGAGGAGAAAGUUCGCCCAUGGCAACAUCUCCAAUAUUCUCUUCUACAACCUCUGAAUCUUGGGUGUCAAAUAGUGAUCAGGCAACCAUUCCAUCUCUUUCGCUCUCGCUCUCCAAUCAUAAUCAGAAUCGGAAUAACCACCACAAUAAUGGAGAUAAAGAUACAAAUAACGGCAACGACGACUACGCAUUUCUUGAUCAACUUCACAUACACCAACAAUACAACAAUAACAGCAAUAAUACCAUAACUUCAGUUGGCAAACAAUCCACUUAUGAUUAUUACAUAAGGCAUGAAAAUGCAUACGAUGCGAAUAACUUUGGUAGACGAUGCGAGUUUGAAGAUGAAGACGAUGAUGAAAAUUCUGAAUCCUUCCUAUCGCCGUUGCUGCCAAUUGAACCAUUCCAUAAUACUGUCGAGUGGCCUUCGAUUGAUCAGAAUCUUGAACAUCUAUUGGCAAGAAGAGAAGAGAAAGAUUUUAAACAAAAACAAGAGAAUCACAAUAUUGCUAGUCAAUAUACUUCUAAAAAUAAUAACGAGGCGAAAGAGGAAAAUGACGAUAGCAAUGCUGAAAGUCAUCAAGAGCAAGACGAUAAUAAUCGAUCAGAUAACAAUAAUGACAAUCAAGAACACGACGAUGAUGAAACCACCAUGGAACAAAAUAAUUCUUCCGCAAAAGAAAGAACAGACACACAGAGUUCUUGUUCUUCUCCUUAUUUACAACAAAAUUAUCCCUGA